CAGAGAGCAUCUCAAGCAGGCCUCAUUUUCCUGAAAAGGAGUCGACACUGUAACAUCAGAGGGAGCUUGGCAGCACGCAGCCGGAAAAAAGGGCACUGUGCACACUACACAAAGGUUCGAGUCCUCGGCAUCACUGGUGAUAAGAUGAAGUUUCGAAAGUCAAAGGAUGAGGAGCCCACAGCUCCUGGACAAGUGGCCAUCAGAAAGAGAUCCAAAGUUCCUGGUGUAAUGAUCACUCAGUUUGUGGAAGAACUUCCUGCAGGAAAGAGCCACCCAGACUUCACACGAAAACCCAUCGCCUUGACCAUUCAGGAAGGGCAAGUUAGCUUUUUUCAAAGCCAUCAUUACUGGAGAUCCAAAACCAACUGUAAAAUGGACUCGAAACAAUGGUGAAAUUUCUGAUACAAGAAGUUACUGCAUUACAUAUGACCCAAUCAUGGGAGAACAUCAGUUACAGAUGCCAAAUGUAGCUGUAGAGCAGGCAGACACCUACAAGUGUAUUGCUGAAAAUGAGUAUGGACGUGCUGUUGUCACUGCCACACUGAAUGUGAUUGAGGUUGGGUUCAAGAAGAGCAAGGCAUUGCAAGAAGCACGAGAAGCUCAACGCGAACAAUCAAUAGAUUUCACAAAAUCUCUGAAAACUCGAACUGAUCGUCCAAGAGCGGAGAGAAAAGAUGGAGAAGUUGAUGAAAGGUUCUGGGAACUGUUGCUGAGUGCUGAUAAGAAAGACUAUGAGCGCAUUUGCGCUGAAUAUGGAGUCACUGACUUUCGCUGGAUGCUGAAGAAACUGAAUGAGAAGAAAAGAGAAAUAGAAGAGCAGCAGGCACAGUACGUUGAAUAUCUGGGCAACCUGAGACACAUUGAGAUAAAAAAUACUGGAUGUGCACAAUUUGAAUUUGAGAUGGACCUCAAGGACCCCAAUGCCAAAAUCUUCCUCUAUAAAGACGGCGAGAUGGUUGCAUUCAGCCUCGAGUCAGAUGAGAAGCACAGUUUGCGUCAAACAGGCAGAAAGUUCGUCUUUACUGUAAAUGGCCUGUCUUCAGAUGAUGCUGGACUCUACCAAGUAGAUGUGGAAGGAGUCAACGUCUUCUCUACUGAUUUUAAAAUUCCAGUGGUGGACUUCUUGGUGAAGAUUGAAGAAGUAAAGGCAGUUGAAAGAGAGGAUGCGGUGUUCGAGUGUGUUCUUUCUGCUCCACUCUCAAAGAUCACUUGGAUGGGAAAGAGUGUUCCCUUGGCGCAAGGCGAAAAGUAUGACAUUACAGUUUCCGAGGACAUGUUGAUCCACAGACUAGUGGUGAAGGACUGCAUGAAAGUGGAUAAUGGCAUAUAUGCUGCUGUGGCUGGUAUCAAGUCCUGCAAUGCCUGGCUGAUAGUAGAAGCUGACAACGACCCAAAGAACCGUGGAAAGAAAGCAGCACGCAAAACAACCCAGGCAGGAGGGAGUGGCGCCGACGUGGCGAAGAUUGCUGCCGAGCAACAAGCCAAGCUGCAGAAGGCAAGAGAGGAGAAGAUGGAGGCGCUCAAACAGAAACAAGCUGAAGAGCCUGAAGAGGCUCCAGCCACUGAGGCCGAGCCUCUAGCUGAGCCCAAGCCUCUAGCUGAGCCCAAGCCUACACCCAAAGCCAAACCUAAGCCUAAACCCAAGCCUGUAGCUGAAGGUGUGGUAGAAGAGCCAGAGACAGAACCAGAGGUGGAGGAAAUAGCUCCAGAACCAGAAAAUAAUGAUGGAUCUGAACAAACUGUUCUAGAGCCACCCAAUGAGGAAGGUGGCGAGAGGAAGAAGAGAGUGAGGACAGGGCCCUUGGUCCCUGACACUAUAAUCGACCCAGGAGUUCACUUCACUAGUGGGUUACAAGAUGUCAGAGCCAUUAUGGGUCAGUCAGCUGAGAUGGUGUGCAAGCUAAGUAGCGCGGACUGUGAUGGAGUGUGGUAUAAGGACGGAAAAGAGAUAACAUCCACGGAUGAUCUGAAGAUUACCAAAGAUGGGGCUAUCCACAAACUGAUGAUAUGUAACUGUAAAGAAGAGGACAAUGGAAAGUAUCGCUUUGAGGCAGAUGGACGUAAAUCAGAAGCCAUGCUUAUUGUGGAAGACCCACCAAGGAUGAAUCCAGAUGAUUUAGCUAAAUUCUCUGAGCCUGUGAUUAUCAAGGUUGGCCAAAAUGCUUCCUUUAAACUGAGCUUUGUGGGUCAAGAGCCAAUAAAAGUCCAGUGGUACAGUGAGGGUGAGGAGCUGCUGAAUGACACCAACAUCAAGAUUGAGAAGUCCUCCAGUCACAGCAGCUUACUCCUAACCAAGUGUCAGCGCAAAAACACAGAGAUCAAGCUCAAGCUAAAGAACGAAUUUGGGACUAUUGAGGCUUUCUCCAAGCUCAUCGUCUUAGACAAGCCUACCAAUCCACUGGGCCCUGUGGACGUGAUUGAGGCAUCAUCAUCUUGUGUGGAAUUCAAGUGGAGGCCUCCAAAAGACGAUGGAGGCUCUCCAGUGAUUCACUACAAUCUUGAACGGCAACAGAUAGGGAGAAACACCUGGAAAAAGAUUGGGAACAUCCCUGCGGAAGCCCACUAUAAGGACACAGAUGUAGACCAUGGAAGGAAGUACUGCUACCGCAUUAGGGCCAUAACUGCAGAAGGCACAAGCGAUGUGUUUGAGACAGAUGACAUACAGGCUGGCACUAAAGCUUAUCCAGGUCCACCGUCCACACCUAGAGUUGUCAGUGCCUUCAAGGACUGCAUAAAUCUAACAUGGACACCACCCACCAACACUGGAGGAACAAACAUUGUGGGCUACAACCUGGAGAAACGCAAGAGGGGCAGCAACCUGUGGAGUCAAGUAAACCCUCCAGAGGAGCCAAUCAAAGCCAAACAGUAUGGAGUGAAAGAUGUUGUUGAAGGAAUAGAGUAUGAAUUCCGCGUCUCAGCCAUCAACUUUUCUGGUGCUGGAGAACCAAGUUCACCCUCUGAAUUUGUGAUAGCCAGAGAUCCUAAGAAGCCCCCUGGUGCAGUAAUUGACCUAAAGGUGUCAGACUCCACAUAUUCUUCAUUGUCCCUAAGUUGGACAAAACCAAAGGAAGAAGAAGGUGUGCAGGAUGAAGCUAAAGGAUAUUUUGUGGAACUAAGGCCAGCAGAGAACACAGAAUGGACUCGGUGCAACUCCAAUCCAAUUAUAACAACUUCCUACACAAUUCUUGGUCUUAAGUCUAUGGCCAUGUACUGGGUAAGAGUGGUCGCAACCAAUGAAGGUGGAGAUGGUGAACCCAAGAAUCUAGACAACUAUAUCAUCGCUAUGCCUCCACCAGUGAGGCCAAAUUUCACUGAUCGGAAAAUGAAGAGCUUUAUGGUGGUGAGAGCUGGAAACUCUGCUCGAGUCACCAUCAAUUUUGAGGCAUCUCCCAUACCAACAAUAAUCUGGCUCAAAGAUGGAAUGCCUGUUUCUAAACAUGUGACUGUGAGCAACACCGACGGGACAUCUCAGCUCCUGAUCCCAUCUGCAGAGCGUUCAGACACUGGAAUCUACACCAUCAUAGUCAAGAACAUGGUGGGGCAAGAGACCUUCAGCACUGAGAUCAGGGUCACAGAUGAUCCUAAACCUCCUGGUCCAGUGGAACUGGAGCAAAACGUCCCUGGCACACUUACUGUAUCCUGGACGCCAUCGCCUGAUGAGAAAAGAGAUGACCGCUUGCACUAUACGGUGGCAAAACGUGACUCGGUCAAACAAACUUGGCACACUGUUGCUCAUCGUGUGUUUAACAACAACUUCACAGCUGUCAACAUCAUGCCAGGGAGGGAGUAUAACUUCCGCGUGUAUGCCAAGAAUGAUAUGGGGCUCUCUGAACCUUCUGAGUCCCCAACAUGGGGGGUUGUAAGGAAGAAAGAAAAGUUCACAGUCAACAUGCCUGAGCACAAGACCUGCAACUUUGAUUCUGCUCCUACUUUCACGGUCCCGCUGAAAACACACACCAGCCCAGAGAAAUAUGAGUGCUACAUGAGCUGUGCUGUAAAAGGCAACCCCACCCCCCAUGUCACCUGGUACCGUAACAACGUCAGCCUCAACACGAACACCAACUACUACAUCACCAACACAUGUGGCGUCUGUUCCUUACUAAUCCUGAGUGUGGGGUCCAAGGACAAUGGAGAAUACAAAGUUGUUGCAGAGAACACUUUAGGCCGUACAGAGUGCUCCACCCAGCUCACAAUCAGAGAAUGAAGACAUUUCAGGGUGUUCUAAGAGCUUUCUCAUCUUCUUCUAUCUGUAAUCAUGUCACAAAACAUAAAACCAUACACUUUAUUUUGUCACUAAAUGUAAAAGUUUCAGUUCUAAACACCAGUCAAAACAGAGCAGCUCCUACCUGCCCAGAUGACUUCAGAGACAUUAAAUUUAGCAGAAAAUGAAAGAAGAUAACGUUACCAGCACACAUGUGAAACACACUUUACCCAAUCUGUCAUUUUCAUUCAUUUGCAAACGAAAUAAAGAAAAUGACAUGAUGAUCAUACCAGACUGGUUAACCAAUCAUAGCUAAACUGGUAUUGUGUUCUCUUCUAUUUUCUUCUUACCUUGUUGGUUGAAAUUAACAUGUAUGGUGGCUAUUUAUUAAACUUAAAAGCUGUUGUGUAUGUUUUACUGCCAGUGCAUGUAAGCUCAACUGGAGCCAAUGUCCUAUCACUAAAAUUUCUAUUAUUAAUUGAGUAAUCUACCUGUUAUUUUGACUCAUAAACUAUGCAUAGCCUUUAAAGGAACUGCUUUUUCAUGAACAAUUAAACUAGGAAGCCUUAUAUAAUCAUUUGUUUAAGAAAUGCAUAUAGUUCAAUACAAACCUUAUACCCUAUACUGUACCUAGGAAGAUGUGUAAAUGGGGACUAGCAGAGUACACUGUAUACUGUCAUCAGUCUCAGGAUUCAAAACUUGUUUUAGUUUUGUUUGUACAGGUUAUGACCAAUGAUGCAGUCAACUCAAACAUUUUCAGAUUGUCAGAUAUACAAAAAAUAAUUAAAAGUCAUUUUUUCAUUAAGCAACUUAUUUACUCUUACUUAAGUGAUUUCCUUCAUUAAUACAUUUAGUUGUAUUCAAGCAAAUUAUCAAUACAAAAAACUGUAUUUUUAUUUAGAGAUUUUCAGUGCUCUUUCCACCUCUUGGAAAAUGUAACGAAAGUAUGAAUUAAAAAAUUAGGAGUAAGUUAAGCUUGCAACGUAUAACAUAGCUGUUGUUCUCUUGCUAUAGAUACACAUCACAUGGCAUUGAAUGCAGUUCAAUUUACAGUUCUGAUGCUUAAUGUACU